AGUGUCAUCACUUAGUACUUUAACCACUGACCAUCUGUGCUGGUUGAUUACUUCUAUUGAGUGGCAGAUUAUAAAAAAGCCAAUAACUAGUUCACAAAAGAAAACUUCACUGCUCACACAAUGAGAAUGUGGUGCAUACUUGUUGUAGUAGCUGCAUGGAUAUCUGUUGGAUAUUGUCAAACUGACUGCCCAAAUCAAGUGGAGUGCCUCAGAAACCCAUGCGAUGGUGCUGUUUGUCGACGAUUCCUCAACGCAAUGUGCAUCCCCAAUAACUGCGGGGAGUGUCGAGCUACAUUUUUUCGCCCACAACAAACAGACGAGGAGAUAACUAACUGUGUCACUGAAACCUGUGAUGAAAAAUCUUGCCCUGAGCGUCGUACCUGUGUGGAAGAAGUAUUCCCAGCAAGCUGCCCAGAAGACAAACCCGGCUGUAGACAGCACAUUAGAGCUGCAUGUGUGCUUCCCCCAAGACCAAGCCCUCCUAGUGACUGCAGUGUAGUGCAAUGCGGCCCUGGAAUGAUAUGUCAAAUUUUUGACUUUAGGAUUGGACCAACAGCAAGGUGCGUUGAUUUUCGACCGGCGACCUGUGACGAAUUAGGGCCUUGCGAUAGAGGAAUGGAAUGCCAUUUCCGACCACGAGAUGAACAACAUCCGAUAGUACGCUGUGUUCCGAGGCGUACUCAACCAAAACGCCCAAGAGAUUGUAGCGAAUUGGACUGUGGUGAUAGCCUCAUUUGUAUGCUGUUUGGAGGAGAAGGCAGGCAGAGGGCUCGCUGUGUUAAGGAACGACCACGACCGCAAAGCUGUGAGAACCUGAAUUGUGAGGCUGUUGGUAUGCUUUGUAUUGAAGAUAGUGAAGGCCCUAAAUGCCGACUACCGAUUAAGUGUGAUGAAGUGAAAUGUCCUGACUCUCGUGUGUGUGCUAUUGUUGGUGUCCCCGAUAUACCACUUAGCUUCCGUUGUCCGUUUAACGAGGAUCGUUGCAAGCUAACGAUAAUUAACAGGCUUGAAGGAGACCAAAUUCUUACUUGUCUAGACCCAACACUAGCUUUGCAAUCAUGCAGUGAAGUUACGUGUCCUGAUGAUGAAGUGUGUUCCGGGAAAUUCAUACCAGAAGACUCUUCUAUGAUCUCUGUGUGCAUACCAAAGGCCCAACUUAGUGUUGUUAGUCAGAUUGCAACCUGUGAUUCUGUGCCUGACGAUUUUUGUGGUGAAAACGAGGCCUGUGUUGAUUUCCAACAAGACGAUUAUCGUGGUUUUGCUCAUUGCACUCAGAUCAACUGUCAAGACACUGAAUGUGCCGAUGAAGAAGACACUUGUGUGGUUUCGAGCUCCCAAUUUUUAGCAGAGACGGAAAUUAGUCACUCGUGUGCCCCAGUUGAACGUAUUAAGCAGGAACAAGAAACUACUUGCACUGGUGGCCGCACUGCUUGUCAAGGAAACACAACCUGUACCGAUACUAGAAUCAGCAAUGCUCAAAUUGGAACCAUCUGUAUUAGCCCCUUUCGAUUGCCACCAAGAAGUUGUGACGAUCUCUCCUGUGAAGAUGAUGAGGAAUGUGUACUAGAUGUGACAAAUGGGCAGGUUAUUCGAGCUUCAUGUGAGGCAUCUGCAUUUAUUGACCAACUCUUGAAAGCUUUAGAAGAAGCAUUGAACUUGUAAAAACACUAAGCUGAAUGACAUUAUUUUUUGCAGAAUAAAAUUAUUGUUGUACAUGUAUGCAUACAAUAUCUCUUGUAAACUCUUGAACACAUAAUAAUAUGAAUUAAAAAUUGAAA